CCAUGAUAUGGAAGAGUUAUGGAUGUUCAGAUUUUGCAGUGAAAGCUUCUGCAACUGUAACGAUGAUUUGAUAUGUAAUGGCAGUAAUCCAAUUGUUCAAAUCUCUCGCUCACACAUGGCUUCUCUCUCUUUCUCGCGCUUCCUUCGCUCUCUCCCUCUGAUCAAAUCGCCUCCUAAUUUUGUAUAAUAUCGAUUCGAACGAACCGCUCACACUCCUUGAAGUGUGCGAAGGAAUUAGACCACACUGAUAAUAUCAAUUCACUACAAAAACCAAAUCUGGAAUUUGGAAAAUCGACUUGUAUAUUGUAAUCUGAGGAAGAUCGAUGGCGGCGAUCAUGCUUCGUGCUGGUGUUCUUGUUCUUGCUGUGUUUGGUUCUAUUCUGAGUGAUUCUGGCGUUUGUAAUGCCGGAUUGACGAGCGGUUUCGUUCGCGAUAAAGAUGUGUCCUCGGAUAUGCCGCUCGAUAGCGACGUGUUUCGGUCUCCUCCUGGUAAAAAUGCCGCUCAACAGGUUCAUAUAACACAAGGGGAUCUUGAGGGUAAGAGUGUAAUUAUCUCUUGGGUGACACCAGAUAAACCAGGUUCAAACAGAGUGGUUUACUGGGCUGAAAAUAGUAAAAAUAGAAACAAAGCUGAAGGCUCUGUUGUUUCCUACAAGUACUUCAACUAUACAUCUGGCUACAUCCACCACUGCACCAUUGACAAUUUAGAGUAUGAUACUAAAUACUUUUACAUUAUCGGGUUUGGAAGUCUAACACGAAGAUUUUGGUUCACAACUCCUCCUAAGAUUGGCCCUGAUGUGCCCUAUACUUUUGGUCUGAUAGGAGAUCUUGGUCAAACAUAUGAUUCCAAUAGGACACUCACACACUAUGAAUCGAACCCAAGAAAAGGACAGGCUGUGUUGUUCCUUGGGGACCUGUCUUAUGCAGACCGCCAUCCAUUCCACGAUAACAACAGGUGGGACACAUGGGCGAGGUUCGUAGAAAGAAGUGUAGCUUAUCAACCUUGGAUUUGGACUACAGGGAAUCAUGAACUCGACUGCGUUCCUGAAAUUGGUGAAACUGAAGAAUUUAAGCCUUUUCUGCAUCGUUACCGUGUUCCGUAUAAUGCCACAGAUGGUGCCUCUCCGUUUUGGUACUCUAUUAAGAGAGCUUCAACUUAUAUAAUUGUCUUGUCUUCUUACUCAUCAUAUGUGAAAAGCAGCCCUCAGUACAAAUGGCUAGAGAAGGAGCUGCCAAAGGUAAACAGGGACGAGACUCCGUGGCUCAUAGUUCUUAUGCAUAGUCCAAUGUACAGCACUUAUGUCCACCAUUACAUGGAAGGAGAAAGCAUGAGAGUGGUUUUCGAGGCAUGGUUCGUGAAAUAUAAAGUCGAUGUUGUACUUGCUGGUCAUGUUCAUGCCUACGAACGAACUGAACGAAUAUCAAAUAUAGCAUACAACAUUGAAAAUGGGAUGUGCAGUCCAGUCCAUGACCCAAAUGCUCCAAUUUAUUUAACCAUUGGAGAUGGAGGAAACUCAGAAGGAUUAGUAACAGAGAUGAUUGACCCUCAGCCGUUCUACUCGGCUUAUCGUGAACCCAGCUUCGGCCAUGGCAUACUGGACAUAAAGAACAGAACUCAUGCCCACUUUUCUUGGCAUCGGAACCAAGAUGGAUAUGCUGUGGAAGCUGAUUCCUUAUGGCUGCAUAAUCGAUGGACAAAAACAGUGUUGCCAGAAUCUUCUGAAGUGAGUCACCUUUCAUCAGCCUGAAAACUGUUCUUUGAGAGAGACGUUUUCAUGGCUCAGAUUGUUGCUAUCAUCAGAUUAAAUCUUAUUGUUCCAUUAAAAGGGAUGGCGUGCGAAAAAGUAGGCUUAGGAUUAAGCUUUAAGCUUUUAAUGGCUCAAUUUGGUAUCUGAAUCAUGAGUUUCAUUUAUUUGAACUUCCAACUUUCUCUGGAUGUGUGAGUUUUUGGUUGUC